CCAAAAUUUGUGGUGAAGCUCUAACUUUAGGGGUGAAGCACUAGCGGCUUCUUCAAUCGACGUCGCACCAGCGCCCUCUCCCUUUCGAUUUUGUAAGUGGUGAAAAUAGUUUGUAGAUUCUAACUGAGGAGUGCUGCAGUUGGAUGUCCGUCAAAUAAAGAUUAGACAUUCGAUCUGAGUAUCUUGGCCUUCUUGAGUCAUCUCUUACAUUUUAGGUAGCCAAAUAAUAUUUGCCUACCGGAUCCCUUGUGAUUCCUGUUGUCUAGAAAUAUUCUUUGACCCUGGUAUUUUGUUUUUGAAAAGUAUUAUACCAUAGUACCUCUUCCAAGUAGAAGCAUAAUUGUUCGAAAUUUCAGUUGAUAUUUUUAGAUGAACCAACGAACAUUAAUCACUAAAUUAAUUGGUCUUCCUUGGACAUCUAUUCGUAUUCUUGUGAAGCUCGUCAACUUUGAUAUGCUUAGUUUUGGUAGCACAAGUAGGAGUACCUUGAUGAUAAUAUAUAUAAAACAUACUAGACAAUCUUGUUCUUGUGAAUCAAUUUUCCACACCUUGCAAUAAAAAGGAUACAUAUGUUGAUGAUUGUCUUCAAGUCCUCCUGCCCUGUCGUUUCUUUUUCUUCUUCUUCUUCUUCUUCUUCUUCUUCUUCUUCUUCUUCUUCUUCUUCUUCUUCUUCUUCUUCUUCUUCUUCUUCUUCUUCUUCUUCUUCUUCUUCUUCUUCUUCUUCUUCUUCUUCUUCUAAGUAGUUGACUAUCAGACUUUUUUAUUUGCUUCGGGAAGUAGUCACUGAUGAACUCGAUAAGUUGAACCGCGAAGGGACCACCACUGACCACUAGCACCAGCAAUAGAUCAUCAGUUUUCACACAAGUAGUCUCUGCCUCUAGUACUUCUUGAACAAAGUAGCCGGAUUUCUUGAUCUUCAUCUUGUAAGAUAGAAAAAAUACACCUAGAAAUAUAGCCACAUCACUGAAGUUGUUUAACUCCUGUUGUGUUUUCAAAAAGAAAUAAAUCGACCAUGAUGGCGACAUCAGCUUGUGAAGAUACUUGCUUGCCUUCUGCUGAUGCCAACGGUGCGCGCGAGCAGCAGGCGGCACCAGAGGAGUCCUGGGCAGACUUUUUUCGUCGUCUUGAUGAAGAGGAUGCAGCUGCCGCCGCGUCGACAGUAGAGCAGAAGGCCAGUACAACUACAAGUGCAAGCAGCUCGACCAAUAGCACCGAAUGUGAAAGGGUCGAUGCUGUGAUGGCUGAGUUCACGCGCGAAUCAACUCCCUCAUGUUCAUCGACCGGCCCCUCGCCUCGGUUAUCUUCAUCGGCGACAGAUGAUGGCGAAGGAAAUACUGGCGCAUCUUUCAGCAGCAGGAAGAGAAUGAACGAGCAGGAUCAACAUCAAGACGAGGGUGGCUCCUGCAAAGCAGCCAAAGAUGCACCAAAUAUGAAGAAGAAAAAAGCGGCCCCAGUGCAUCCGUACUGGGACGGCAUUCCAGCGGAUGAACAGGGUUUGUACAAGCCGAAGUUCGAGGGUGAAGCCUGCGGCGUAGGCGCUAUUUGCGACUUCCAGAAGCGCGCAUCGAGAGAAAUCAUGGAGCAGGGCAAGGAGAUGCUCAUUCGCAUGACGCAUCGCGGUGCGACGACCCGGCCUAUGGACGGCGACGGUGCGGGCAUUCUUUGCUCGAUUCCCGACCGCUUUUUUCGUGAAAUGACCUACAAGGAGUUCACCCUGCCGCCGGCGGGCGAAUACGGCGUCGGAAUCAUUUUUCUCCCGCGCUUGCCCGAAAAGCGCCACGAUUGCAAGGCCCUCAUUCAGCGCGUAGCACAAAAGCUGGGCUUGAUGGUGCUGGGCUACCGCCAAGUGCCCACCGACUCCAGUCACUUGGGACAGUAUGCAGCCUUCACCGAGCCGUAUAUGUCGCAAAUCUUUGUGAAGCUGGACGACGACUACUUCGAACGAAACCAGUACACGCUGGACACAGCGUCGGUCUACAGUGUGAGCCACACGGCUUCGCGAGGGCCAGGAGGUGCAGGAGGAGGAAGCCAUACUUUCACAGCCUCCUACGGUGGCGACGGUGGAAAGGCUGCGCGACGCGGCAUCGACGAAAUCAUUUUCGAGGCUGAUAAUUUCGCCGAAAGUGCUACCUCGGAGACUGGCGUCGAACCGGCGCUACAGCCUACGGCAAGCCUGAAGAGGACACCAUCACCGAAUCCUUCACCUUCUGUUGUAUUUGGCAGAGAUCAUGACCAGGAGGGCGAGGGCGACGCUGCUAUCCCAUCAUCUGCUGGCAUAUCGCCGAAGAGCGUAAGCGGAGCUGGGCCUGCUCGAUCUCUCCCGCGGCAGAUCUCGGCUAAUCGACCGCGAGGACUGUCAACAACGAGUGCCGGCAACUCGGGAUAUACUGCGAAAGAGUCAGCGGAACGCCAAAAAACGUUGGAGCUCAAGCUCUUCUUGUUGCGUCGUCUGGUAUCUCUGCGAGGAAAGGAACUCUACUUCUGCUCUCUCAGCAACAGCAUCAUCGUCUACAAGGUAAUUGCAUCUUAACUACAUCAACUCUCCCAUUCUUUUUUUGGUAGAAUAUUUUGAAUUUCAAAAUCAAUUUUAUUCAUGAUCUCCUUGAAAAACAAAUUUUUGAUCAAAAAUCAUGGCCUGCAUUCAACAUCCUGAUCUCGAUCAACGUUAUUGCAAAGCGAGUACCAGUUUUCCAUUCUCGUUUUGCUUUUUGAACAAAGUCUAGUAGUACUACGACAAUUUUCAACAAGAACGACAUUUUUUUUUCUCCACCUUGGUUGCAACUACUUCCAUACGUCACACAGGGCCAGUUGGUGCCGGAGCAGUUGUUUCGUUUUUUCCAGGAUCUGGAGGACCCACGAUUUGUGUGCCACUUGUUAGUGGUCCAUUCCCGCUUCAGUACGAAUUCCUUUCCGUCGUGGUCCCGUGCCCACCCGCACCGUUGCCUUGCGCACAACGGCGAAAUCAACACGUUUCAAGGGAAUGUGAACUGGAUCCGGGCGAGGGAGGCGGCGAUGGAGAGUUUUGGAUCCCCCGUUUUGUCGAAGAUUGGCUUCUCUGCAAGACACUUGUUCCCUGUGAAUGAGGACGUGGGCAGCGACAGCGGGUUUUUGGACAACGUCGUAGAGCUGCUGAACCACUGCUCCGACCGCGACCUGGUGGAAGUGAUGCUCAUGCUCAUUCCGGAAGCCUGGCAAAAUGAUUCUUCUCAAUCCGCGUCCAGGCGCGCGUUCUGGGAGUACCAAGCCUGCGCGAUGGAGCCAUGGGACGGGCCCGCGCUCGUCAUCUUCACCGACGGCAGUCAACUAGGUGCGACCCUCGAUCGAAACGGACUACGACCAGGAAGGUACUGCCUCUGUUUCAUUUUUAGACCUGCUUGAACCUGAUAUACUGAGAAGUUAAUAUUUGUUCUUAAUAAUUUAAUAGGUACAUUUACAUAGCCAGUGCCAGAUAUUAAUAGAGGUACUAGUGGAGGUAUUGUUAGAAAUAGUAGAAUAUUCAAAAAUCAUCAACCUUCUAGUUCUUCAUCGUCGCUCGUAUAAAUGCUGGUGGCUUUUGCACCACACACAUCAUCAACACACCAAAUACAGGUAUUACAUUACGAAAGACGAUCGCCUGAUUCUUGCGUCUGAGGUCGGCGUUGUGGAUGUCGAUCCCAACAUGGUAAAAUCCAAGGGCAGACUGCAGCCGGGAAAGAUCUUGCUGGUUGAUUUCGACGAAAAACGUGUGAUGCCAGAUGACGAGCUAAAAGAGAAGUAUGCGGCAAAGUACCGCUACGAAGACUGGCUUCGUUCGACGCCGCACGUCAAGGACUUCUUUGGUGUUUUAGACCAGCAUGGCACGCCUUUGCCUCCCGGUGGAACGGCAGCUGUGGGAGCCACAGGUAGUACCGUUGUGAACCAGAACGCGCAGGCACCAGUUAGUACGGCUUCAGAUGCACGCACUCUAGAAAUGCUUCUCACGAGCGCCGCUGAUCUGGACGACCUAGAACCGACUUCGCCAGGGCGUAAAGUCAAUUUUUUCAUGGGCCAGCGCAGAUCAUCUCGUAGUUUCGACCAACUGGCUGCGUCCUACGAGCCGCAAGCUGCUGAGCGUAGUUGGAAAGGAAUCGAAAUUCCCUACCUGACGCUCUUUGGAUUUUCGCACGAAAAAGUAGAGAUGAUUCUCGCGCCCAUGGCGCUCACAGGGUCGGAGCCUCUCGGUUCUAUGGGCAAUGACGCUCCACUUGCCUGUCUAUCCAGACUUCCGAGGUACUUGCUUUAACUUGUGAUGUUAUCUAAGUACUCAACAACUGAAUUUAUGAUAUAUAAUGAUGUUUGCAUUAUCAACUAAACUUCUGCUCCCGGCCGAGGACAAACUUCAUUAUAUUCUUUGUACAAAGCAGCAGUAGGGGGCCACCAUCGAUCUUGAUCUUUAUCAAUCUUUCUUUAAAUUUUUAAGUAGAUCGUCUUUGUCUCAGUCUUACCUGCACAAAUAGUAAUACACCCUCCAGGUCUCCGUUCGAUUAUUUCUACCAGCUGUUUGCGCAAGCAACGAACCCGGCUAUCGAUCCGAUCCGGGAGGCGAAUGUUAUGACUUUGGAAUGCCCCAUCGGUUCGGAGGGAAACCUGCUGAAGGUCGGACCGGACAGCGUGGUUAACCGCUGUUUCUUAGAUGAACCAGUCCUAGACACAAAACGUUUUCGCGUACUUCAGCAGCUCCCGUGCUUCGAAGCCUCCUGCGUCCUCGACUUGACAUAUUCAAAGUAUUACUUCUAUAGUAGAAGAUAAUGAUGUCGAAUAUGAAUAUUGAAUGGAGAUAACCUAAGCCUCACAGACACCCAGACUCACAGCACGCUCCGGAGCAAUGUAGCAAGAAUUGUCCCUAGGUACUUGGAUCCUCUAUUCUUGUAGUUGGCUGCUCCAUUUUUCCUCUGGUGCAUAAUUUUCUACUAGUGCAGUAGUUCUACAACUACAACUCUUCUGAAAAUCUACCAUAAAGCACCUUGGAUGUCGGGCGUCAGCAGUGGAACCAGAAGGCUUUUGAGAACGACACAGUGCUCGAGACGCGGCUGGACCAGCUGUGCAAUGAGGCGGAAGCCGCUAUCAAGAUUGACGGCACUACUUUGCUGAUCUUGUCGCACCGUCGCACGUCGCCGGAAACCAUUCCGAUUUCUUCGCUCCUUGCUGUUGGAACUCUUCACCAGUACUUGGUAGAGCGGAAGUUGCGGACCGAAGUUACGAUCUUGGUGGAGGGUGGCGACUGCUUCGAGAUUCACCACUUCGCCUUGCUCCUGGGGUAUGGCGCGGACGCCGUGUACCCCUACAUGGCGUAUUUGGCGUUGCAGCGCUGCCGUCGCGCGAAGUACACGCAGGACGUGGCACUGCAGACGAAAAUCGAACAAUACCGCAAGAGCGUUCAUCAGGGGCUCUUGAAGGUGAUGUCCAAGUGCGGGAUCAGCUGUCUGCAGUCCUACAAGGGUGCGCAGCUUUUCCAGGGCGUCGGUAUCUCCAAAAAAGUCGUCGACAAGUGCUUUUCCGGGACGGACGUAGCCCUGUACGGUGUGGGCUUCGACAUCUUCCACUUCGACGCCGUUCGGUUGCACCAGUUCGCCUUUCAGCAGAUGCGACUGCCUCCUUUGGUAGACGAGGAAACGCGAGAGCUACCGGACUGGGGUGAGUACCACUUCCGAUCCGUGGACCAGCAAAACGAGUUCCACAUGAAUUCCCCGGAUGUCAUUGCGAAACUGCAGCAAGCUGCAAAGCAGAACAGCACGAAGGCGUUCCGGCUGUACGAAGAGUACCAAGACAAAAUCUCGGAACAAAGCGAAGUCCGCGGCCAGCUAGAGUUCGUGCCCCACGACGACGGGCCUCUUGACAUGUCACAGGUCGAGCCGGCCUCCGAGAUUGUCAAACGCUUCGUUACGGGUGCCGUUUCUUUGGGUGCGAUCAGUGAAGAAGCGCACAAAGCCUUGGCCAUAGCUAUGAACCGCGUGGGCUCCAAGAGCAACACGGGCGAGGGCGGCGAGGAAAGCGAGCGCUUCAAGCCGCUAGGUGCCGGCACGGUGAAAGCCGGCGCGGCGGAGUGGGAGCUUCGCGCCGACGACUCUUUUCGGUCCAGUAUCAAGCAGGUAGCCUCAGGCCGGUUCGGCGUGACUGCGGAGUAUUUGGUAAACGCAGACGAACUACAGAUUAAGCUUGCCCAGGGCGCCAAGCCCGGAGAGGGCGGCGAGCUGCCUGGCUACAAGGUGAUCGGGCGCAUCGCAGAUGUGCGGCGUUCGACCCCGGGCGUGGGUCUCAUCUCGCCGCCACCGCACCACGACAUGUACUCGAUUGAGGACGUCGCGCAGCUGAUCUCCGAUUUGAAGCACGUAAACCCGGAGGCCAGAAUCAGCGUCAAGCUGGUGUCCCGCGUGGGAGUGGGUAUCAUCGCAAGUGGCAUCGUAAAAGGCAAAGCGAACCACGUGACCAUCAGUGGCGGAAACGGAGGGACUGGAGCUGCCAAGUGGACUUCCAUCAAGCGAACGGGCUUGCCAUGGGAAAUCGGCCUCGCGGAGACGCAUCAGACGUUGAAUCUGAACGGGAUUCGACAUCAAGUGAAACUGCAGACCGACGGACAAAUUAGAACUUCUAGGGACUGCAUCGUAGCGUUUCUGUUGGGUACUACAACUGAUUAUAAUACUAAACAUAGUUGUGUACUACAAUGAGUUUGAGUCUGCACCAGGUCCUCCGUGAUAAUCAUUUGCUGGGGUCAUUGUUUUCCAUUUCCACGUGAUCCAAUUAUACGCCUUUUGCUCUCCGAUCUCUCCCUCCGACCUUUUUCUUUUCUUUCGGCUGUACUUUAAUUUGUUAAUAUGAGACAAGUUUUUGGACUCCAACAGCUCCGCCGACCAAGAAAUUUGACCACGCGAUCGAUGAGCAGCACGCCGAACUCCUACAACAGGUUCCGACGAGGUCGCAAUGACGACGACGCCGCUGAUCACGCUCGGAUGCAUUAUGAUGCGCAAGUGUCACCUGAACACGUGCCCGGUCGGUGUCGCGACACAGGAUCCGGAAUUGCGCGCUAAGUUUGACGGUCAUCCAGAACAUUUGAUCAACUAUCUGUUCCUCGUCGCGAACGAGAUCCGCCAGCAUAUGGCAGCACUGCGUGUGGCCACAGUCAAAGAGCUCAUCGGCCGUGCAGACUUGCUGCGACCGCGCGCUUCGAAUCUGAUGAACCGGAAAACUGCGCAUUUGGACUUCGACGCGCUGCUCACGCCAGCGUGGACCCUAGAAUCCAUGGUGAUGCCGGAUGCGGGUGGCUGUGCACCGGAUCACCCGGCCAGCGUGUCCGUGCCAUCCGCGGGUGCGGCGAUGAACGAACGCUCCAUAACCCCUUACCCCGCUGAUCAUCGUGGGGUACGCCGUGCGCCAGGGAACUACAUGUGCUGCGGAGGCUCUGCCACAGCAGACGCCUUGGAUCACUUCCUAGUCUCGGAGAUCCGCGUAUUGAAGGAAUCGUCUCCCGGAUACGUCGGGAGUAUCACGGGUAUUUUCUCCUGCGCCCUUUUCGUGCUGUUCUUGGUAGACCACUUCUAAGGAUUUUACUUUUCGGAGUUAUUUCCAAUAGUGCAUGAUUCCCCCGUCAUCUAUGUCAAGGAUGACGUUGACCAUUCCUUCAUCGCAACUUAGUCUAAGUCUUAUUUGUAUUAUUUUUAGUUUUAUACUCAUUCUCAUAUAACAAUGAAUGACUAUAACUGAUAAAGAUUCAAAUGAUUAUAUAUAGCGAACUUCUUGUUCAUCAGAUUUCUCGAGGACGAUCCGAAGCGUUCGAAUUCCCAACGUCCGCAUCACAAAUCGCGACCGCACUGUUGGAGCUAUGCUUUCGCAUAUGCUGGUCAAGUUUCAGGAGCGAAACAGCGAAGGAAAGACCCUGGCUAAGGACACGAUCCGUGUGCAAUUUCACGGAAAUGCUGGCCAGAGCUUUGCAGCUUUUCUAGUUGCUGGUGUUACGUUUGAGCUAGAAGGGGACGCCAAUGAUGGUACCGCGAAAGGGCUGUCCGGAGGACGGGUAAUCAUUUAUCCACCCGCGACUAGUGCCUUGGUACCCCAUCGCAACAUCCUGAUUGGCAAUGCCACGCUCUAUGGAGCCACGGGAGGCCAGGCGUUUUUCUCGGGCGUAGCUGCGGAGCGCUUUGCGAUCCGCAACUCGGGGGCGAUGGCCGUGGUAGAAGGCUGUGGCGACCACGGGUGCGAGUAUAUGACGCGCGGCCUGGUGCUCGUCCUGGGCCCAGUGGGUAAAAACUUUGCAGCUGGCAUGAGCGGAGGCAUCGCUUUUGCGCUAGACCUGCAUCUCGACAAUGUGAAUUCUCAAACGGUCUUCGUAGAACCCGUGAACGAAGACGACUGCCGCACGAUCAAAGAGCUGCUAGAAGAGCACGUUGACCUCACUCGCAGUGCGGUUGGGCAGGAACUCUUAGGCCUUGCUGCGGGCGUCGGCGGUUCUCGCGUAUUUGCACAGCGAUUCAGUCGAAUUUUCCCGAAAGAGUACAAGAAAGUUCUAAAAGAAGCCAUCGUGGAACACACGAAAGUGGGAUCCAAGAUGGCAGGCAGAAUUUUGGACGAAUUCAACCGCAUGCGGAACCCGUUGCCCGAGCGGCGCACGGACCUCUUCACGAGCGCGUUUCUCUUACCGCUGAAGAGCAGCCGGGGUCUCACGAAGGAAGGAAUGCGCCGAAAUCUCGCCCACCAUGUCGGAAUGCCAAUCGGAGGACCGCUCCAGGAAGUCGGCGGUGUGGGUCUUGUGCGUCACCCAACACUUGCGGGUCUAGGCCUCGGGACAGUCACAGAACAGUUCUUUGCGUCCGCGGAAGUGAACGAACUUGCGAACGACGAGAUGACGCAGUUCCGUCAGGGGUACGCGCUCUGGCGCAAGUACUACUGGAUGACGGGAGGCGUCAAUCCUAUCACGAAGGAAUUGAGAAGUGCUGCUGGCGGGAUUGCUGACUCAGAUUCUCCUGUUGCGUUGGAAGAGGCAGCUGUAGCGGCUGAUCGAUCCAAACGAAGCAGUGCUGGAGGAGGUUCUGCGAAUUUUCUUUCCGGAUCUUUCGGUCCGCUCCAACGCGUUUAUAUGCCGAAAAAGGAACGAGACGAGCUUCUCAACAACCCUCGAUGGACAAAGAUUAUGCAGCGUCGUCAGAAAAUUAUGACUGCUGCAGCAUCGCAAGCGCCACUUCCCUUGGUCUCUGGAUCCAGUACAGCGCAGUUGUCGACACUCUCCGGGAGUAGCGGAGGCGAAAAUUCACCCGUAAACGUUGACAUUGCUGGCAUCGGAGGGCGCCGCGUGUACGGCCAGCGUGCAUGUAAAGACUCGCUGGACGCAACCGCAACCACAGAUACUGGUGGUGGAACGAAUACAGUCAUGAGUACUAGCGACAGUAGUGCUACCGAAGACCAGAAUUCCGGGGAGCUGCCCGUGCAAAAGUCCAUGCCCCAGCUUGCCUUCGUGACAGGAGAUCAAGAAGCUGUCGUGGCUGCCGCCGCUGUACAGCAGGCGAAGCGGGAGGAGCUAUUCGAUGGCGCUGGUGUAUCAGCCGCAACGCCUUCUACCUCAGCCACACAGUUUACCACUGCUCUGGCGCUUGUGGAUAAGGACAAAAAAACCUAUCUGCAGAAGAUCAGUGAUGUAGAGGAUAUAUUGGCGGGAGCCCAUCUUCGGCACACGGCGGUCUCUCUCCCGACGAAACGGAAGGGCUUCCAUCUGUACCAGCGCAAGACCGCGGGGUACCGGGAUGCGAAAGAGCGGCUUCUCGACUACGAAGAGAUCUACGCGGGUGCCGGAAAGACCACUACGACGCGCAAAGCAAACCUCGUCCGGACGCAGGCGAGUCGCUGCAUGAACUGCGGCACUCCAACCUGCCAGUUUCCGAACCAGGGUGGCGGCGGCUGCCCGCUAGCGAACCGCAUUCCGGUGUGGAAUUCGCUCGUGCACGAGGAUGACUGGAAACGUGCUUUGGAGCGCCUGCUGGAUACCAAUAAUUUCCCGGAAUUCACCGGCACAACCUGUCCUGCGCCCUGCGAAGAAGCGUGCGUUCUGGGUAUCAACGAGGGACCAGUGACGAUCAAAAGCAUCGAAAACGCCAUUAUUGAAAAGGGAUUCCAGAUGGGCUGGGUGACGCCAAAACCACCGUACUACCGCACAAAGAAGAAAGUGGCCAUCGUCGGCAGCGGGUACCACUUCUUCCCUUUUACACGUCGUUGAAGGUCGUUAUAUUCAACAAAAAUCGUUAUCUCAUCAAGAAGAGCAGCAGCAGUUUAUAUCUAUACAUAGAACAGUUUAUAGACGCUGGGUGGCUGGGCGGCCACGCUGGGCACGCUGGGCGGCCACACUGGGAACACUGGGCGGCCACACUGGGCACGCUUGGCUGACGCUCGGCGGACUACUUGAGGGCCACGCAUUGGGCACGCCGAGCCCAUGCGGCUGAUUCUUUUGCGCCUCUAAGACGUGGUGUGGCGCGUCCCUUGAGCACAAACAAUGGCGCGUCGCCGCCUUCAAGGUUCCGGGCUGUGCGAGCGUAGUGCUGCGCCGGCUUGCGCAGUGGCGGGCUGCCCCCACUCUGUGCAGGCCUGCCCCUGCUCUGUGCAGGCCUGCUCUGCGUUGUGCUUGUGCUGAACUGCGCUGCUCGGUGCAAUGCUGCGCCGUUUUUGUUCAUAACGGCCCCAGCGGCUGCGUAGUUCGCCAGCGUCGUUGGCCUAUGCUAGACUAGCAUUGCUGGGGGGGGGUUCUCAAGCGGGCGCCCGAGACGCGCCCCGCAUUUUGAGACGCCCAGCGUCACGCUUGGCGCAGAAUUCAGCAGAUCUAGUACAUUUGGGUCGCCCAGCGACCCAGUGUGCCCCGCGUGCCCAGCCCAGCCAUGUCGGGAUAGGUUAUAAACUGUGCGCCUAUCAGUAUCAAUUUCCAUAUCCUGUCGAUGUCAGUUUCUGAUAAAUUAUUGAUACACCUGACGACUCGCAGUUGGACUUCAACAAAAGCAUAUUUUUUACCACGAAAUUGGGUUUUGAGUACUACUUUUGAGUACCUCUAGUAUUUGAUCGACAUACACCACUUACGCUUACCAACUCAUACUUCUGCAUGGUCCAUAAUCGAUGAACUAUACAACAGCCCUUGCGGCCUCGCUGCUGCGCAGCAGCUUAAUCGUGCUGGACAUUCGGUCACUGUGCUGGAGCGAGAGGACCAAUUCGGUGGGUUGCUUUUUUACGGCAUUCCAAAUAUGAAGCUCGAGAAGCGGAAGGUUGCACGGCGCAUCGACUUGAUGAGGCAAGAGGGGAUCUCGUUUGUCGCUAAUGUGAACGUCGGCUACUCCGUAAACUACGAUCUACCCGCUCUUUCGAGCAACUUCGACGCUGUCCUCUUUUCGACAGGUGCAGCAGCGGCCCGCCGUCUCGACGCAAAGCUACCGGGCCACGACCUUGGCAACAUUGUGCAGGCGAUGGAUUUCCUGACCGAUGCACAGCGUUUCGAAGUGUACCAAAAUGGCGUUUCCACCCAUGGGGGCGCUGGUGCACCAUCCCAAGCCGCACUUGUAGCGGCGCAAGCGCAGUAUGGUGUCACUGCAGCUCCGCGAGGGGGCGGUUAUGGUGUUAAUUCCAGUGGUGCAACAGGAGGAGUAGUUGGCAACGUGACUGCACCACCAACACGCGAGUACGAUUGCUCCGACAAGGACGUGGUUGUUAUUGGUGGCGGGGACACCUCGGUGGACGUGAUUGCCACCGCCCUGCGUCAGGGCGCGAAAAGUGUCACCCAGUUCUCCCGACGGCCAAAAGCGUCCGAGACGCGCCCCACACACACCCCGUGGCCCUCAUGGGCGGACACAUUCCGCACUGACUAUGCACACAAUGAGUACAUCUCAGCGACGGGUAGCGACCCCCGCACUUACUGCAUCAGAACGCGUGCUUUUCUCUCGGAAUACCCUCCGGGCGCAAAGACAGUAGCGAAUACCACAAACGGUGGCUCACCUGGCACAAUUGUGAAAGCAGUCCAAGCAAUUGAAGAGAUUCUAGAUGCGGACGGCAAUCGCACUGGAGCCGAAAAGGAGGUGAUCUACAAAGCAGACUAUGUCUUCUUGGCCAUGGGCUUCACGGGUGCAGAAAAGAUUCCGUCGAGCGGGGGCGCCGUGGGACUGCGGUCUAACGCGCUCUUUCACGAUGUUGACGACGGCAUGGGCCUCGGCGCUACAGCGCGAAACUUUGAUCAGGACGCGGCUGCCUCAAAAGGUUUGCCUGAGAGCAAAUGCAUCGCGGGCACCGCAGACCAGGGUGGGAAGAACAAAGCUGGUCCGAACGCAGCAGGUGUAGUUGCCACAGUUGCUGACACGAAGAAUUCUGCGGGUGGAACUGGCGUAGGAGGUACGUCUGUCGUGGAGCAGGAUGGCUACUUUCUUGGCGGCAACAUUUUCUAUGCAGGUGACUGCCGUCGGGGCGCGUCGCUCGUGGUCACUGCCAUUGCUGAAGGCCGUGACGUGGCAAACCGAAUCGAUGAGUAUCUUCUGGCGAAGGACACCUUCUAUCGAUCGGGUCUGGCGGCGAUGAAGAACGCCGGCCAAGAUGCGAGCUUCCUCUUCAAUCGCGGACUUUCCGCACUUCCGCGUUGCAUUCCGCUUGCGCAAAAUCCUGCGCUGCAUACGCGCAACGACGUCCUGGAGACCGCAGACCCGGGUUACGGCCGCAAGAAGAAGAAGCGAACCCGCGAGGUGACUGAGAGUUUUGAGCGUGGCUUUUUACUUUCAGAGGAAGGAGGUGCCGAUCCGGGGGCAACCAAAGCGAUGCCGCCGGCUCCUCCAAUGGAACAUCACAGUGCAGCGCUGGAACAGGUCGUCGAGGAACCGGAUCAGGAAGAUGCCGAGAAAGGACGCUCUGCAAUCAAAAGUGGCGCCAAAGUUGCCAAGAAAGCAACUACGGCGAAGCCAGAGGGCGAGAGUACUUCAUCCACGACUAAGCCCGCGCAAAGAGUAGUCGGAGAAAUUCCGCUAGGAAUGAGCAGGGCGACAUCAAGCCGAUUUAUGUCAGAAGACGACGCUGUAGCAUCUGCCGAAGCAGCCCCACCUCAGAAGCGUGGCAGAGGACACGGCAAAAACCGCAAGCGACGGUCAACUGGCCAACCGUCAACCCCCACUUCAGGCAAUUCCAGCAGUGGUGACGAAGACAGCGAUCAUUCUGCUAGCCGCAGUCGUGCCCGCUCGUCCCGGUCGGAUCGGCGCUGGCACAAACGACCUGACAGAAAGGGCAACGUUGCAUCGGCAUCUAUCAAACGAGCCUCGAAUGACGACGUGCAGCUGAAAGAGAAAGUGCUUUUGGCAGGCGUCAGCCUCUCUGUGCUCACCAAUAUCGCCCUCGUCGGAGUACUGGCAGCGUUUGUUCUCUGCAAGAAAUAAGAAACUACUCUGUUCAAAUCUGCCGAGCUGACGUUGAAGAUACAUAAUAUUGGGCACUUCUAUCAAUAUCAAAUUCAAUCAUGCUUGACCUUAGUAUAGAUUGAUCAUGUAUUUUCAGAUAUUAUUUUCCAACAGUCUAGAUGAAACUUCAUCAUUCUUCAUAUUAUUUUCCAACAAUUCUCUUCAUCUCACAAAGGCAAAGUAGUUAGUAGAAACGAAGAAAUGAAAAAACCUGUCUGAUCUCAUUUUUUAUGAGCAUUCGGAUUCGGCUUUUGAUAUUUUUAUCGUAUUCUCUCAAUGAAUCACAUGCCGCCUACGUAAUCCUAUUCUGGAAGUACCAAUAUAUUUUGAAAAUAAAAAUUGAUCCUCCAUAUUGAUAUAUAGGAUGGAUACAGUCUUCACAGGCAGUAAUUGUAGAUCUACAUGUUGUAGCCUGCUCAACACAAAAGCGGUAAGCAACAACUACAAAAUCAAAAACUAUGAUUUUGAUCAAGAACAAUUAGUUACGAUUAGUUUAAGAUUUAAAUUUAUCCACUACAGCAACACGGUGCUGUGAAUGUUUCGUCGUGGAGAACAUUAACUAAUACCAAUCAAUCUAUUCAGCAGUGUAUAGCUGAUCUUUGCUCGAAAUAUGCUAUUUUUUUUCUCAGUUCUUUUCUACGGGACCGAGGAUCAUGAGUGAUACUUUUAUAUUCUUCGCGUCCUCUGGUCAACAACAAGAGGGUGCGUGGUGAUGCAGAAAUUGCAAUGUUGCUUGUAUAGCUCUAGGAACGAAUUUGAAUUUCAUAAUUGCUCAUUAGAACUAUUGCGGGCGCGGUUGGUACUAGUGAUGCCAAGUAGUUAAGAAGAUUUGAGAUGAUGAAAGAAGGCACUACUUUUUUUUUGAUAGCGCGUCUGUCAGAGCCGGAUUCAGAAGUAGGGCGACCCUGUUGCGAGACAAAGCAAUGUCUGUGCCUGCCCUGUCAACUGAUGACGCAUGGAUCUGGAUGUGUAAGGAGGUCCGUUGGAGAUGCCCAUCAAGGGAGUAGGCGUACGCCAUCCACCAGUGUGGAAGUAGAGCCUGCAAUUGCUCACUGGUGCUGACUGUACUACGCUUUUUUCGCUUCCAAGAUGAGCGACUAUUAUUGUACUUAAUCGAUGGUCGAUGUGCCACCGAAUACAUUAGUUGUUAUAGAACAAAAAAUUAUAACCCUGAGUGAAGAUUCGUCAUUGCCUUGCUAUGCAUCAUGCGCUUCAUUGCCAUUCAUCAUGAAUAGCAGACGAACAGGAACGAUUGCCAUGCUUACUUCUGAGUAUUCAACGAGAACCACGGGUGUAUGCAGUCAAAUAUUCAGGAGUAGCAGUUUUUCAGUUUUUUUCAAAGCUUCUUGACUCCUAGAAUGGAUUUGCAACACUUAUCUAUAACAAGAAAGAGAAAGUACGUACUUGAUAUAAUUCAUCGAGCUAUAAUAGAAGACGAGCCAUGUUGCCGCGAAGGUUGGAUUACGUUUAAUAUUUUUUUUACAAAUAUGGAAAACGUAAAUAACGAAAAUAAAGAUUUUUUAUUUUCCUUUUCGAAUGUCGUAGUGCAUACUGUUAUUUUCCUUCUCGAAUGUCAUGUGUAGACGGUCGGACGACGUCGAGCUGACAAAAAUUAAUGUUCCUUCCAACGAGGGGGAAAGGCACCGAUCAUGACUGGCAUCAACGUAUGGUUGACAGUGCGCCUUUGGCUUCAAUGUUGCAUGGAUUCGUAUCAUGUAGUUGAUGAAUGAAGAAUUCUGAAUUACUACGAGCUCGUCAACGGCUUUUGGGGAGAUGAAACUAAAGCAAGAAGAUUUUGAUCAGUCGUGGUCCGUGUUGUAGUAUAUUGUCGAGGUGCAGCUAUUGUAGAUCACCCUUAUUUUUACGGUUGAUAGAGCUAUGUAAAUGUAUGUAUGAACUGAACAAAAACUAAAACGAGGAUCUUGUUUUUAGAUUCAAUGAAAUUAUGAAAGUUCUGGGUUGGUUUAAACACGGCGGAUCUGUCGUGAAGCUGAAACUAUCCCCCCGAUGUGGUUCCGCAGGGGAAGGAGGCGAUGGGAACCCGAGGCACUUGCUAGACAAAACACACACGCGGGCGCUCUUCAGCAGGAGCCAGAUUUGACAAGAAGCCUCAGAAAUGUCGCCGAGCUGGAUGGUCGAUAACUGAAGCACUACGCUAGAUUGGAAUAACAAUGCGGCGCGAUCCUGUGCGGGUGCGUUACGGCUGGAAGGGUUCGGGGCGCCUGCGGGCCUUUCUUCCGGCAGAAGACAUAGGCAGGCGCAUGCCCUUCGGGGCUGAUUCGUCCGCCGGGUUCUGAGGCUUUCAGAGGCCACGCGGGUCGGCCCGCGGGGGUUAAGGGGGUUCAAAGGUGUAGGGCGUUGCCCGUCUGUGAUUCAUGGCGCGCCGGCGUGGCGCUGCAAGCAAGUGAAGGGACGCGACUGCACUGGGCCGCCGCCUCGCACUAUCGGGCAGCGUGAGCCCAGCGGAGGGGAGAGGAGAGCGGGGCGCCAGAGUUUACGCCCUAGCUUUCAAAAUUCACGCACUAACUUGCUUACGAAGUUUAUGUCUUGCCUUUCUUUCAGAGUUCACGUCUUAACUUUCGCAAUUCAUGCCCCCCCUGAAUUUCAAAGUCCAAGUCUUAUACCUUUCGAUAUUCAUGCUUGAACUUUCAAAAGUGACGCCCUUACUUUCAAAAUUAACGCCUUAAAACUUUCAAAGCGCAUGUCUUAACUUUGACAAUUCAUGCCCUAAAAACUUCCAAAAUUCAUGGCCUAACUUUCAAAGUCCAUGGCUUGGCUUGUUUCAAAAUUCACGCCUUCCCGAAACUUUCAAAAUUCACGCACUCCUUAAACUUUCAAAAUUCAUGCCCUAACUUUGGCGCUUCAUGCUGAGCAUACUAGCAUAGCAAAGCGCUGCGCGUUUGCUUUUCCAGUUUAGUAGUUUAUUUUCGAAAUCAAAACCAAAACUCGAAAUCAAAACGCAAAAUCAAAACUCAAAACCAAAACUCAAAAUCAAGACUCAAAGUUCAAAGCUCAAAAUUUAUCAUCAAAAAUCAAAAUCUAAAUUCAAAAUCUAGAAUCAAAACGUAAAACUCAAAAUCAAACCUCAAAAAUCAAAAAUCAAAAUUCAAAAGCAAACAAAACUCAAAAUCAAAAAUCAAAACGAAGGCAAAACUUUACAAGUAAAGAGAUUACAGAGGACGAGGACAGAGAGAAAUGAAUCAUUUCAACAACUACUUUUUUAUUUGAUAUUAAAAAAAUAACUAACCUAGUAAGUACUAUCAUGGGUGGCGAAUUAUUCGUGGUCCUUCGUGGUUCCUCGAUUAUUUUUUUGUGAGUGUGCAGCUGAUGUUCCUUACCACCCAGACUCUGCUCACGUCAUUCUUAUUCAUCGUAUCUAGAUCAUUUCAUAUCUAUUCAUACAAUGUGAAGAAGAUUGCCGCACUUUCCACCUUAGAGAUGUUCUAUCGUUGCCGCAAGUUGAGCCUGCUAUUAUGUGACGUAUUUUCCUCAGAACAAAUGUGAAGAAGAUUGCCGUACUUUCCACCUGAGAAAGAUAAUGCUCUUGGGUAAUAACUUGUUGUCGAAGAUUGCGCUUCUUUUUGGUGCGAACGGUCGAUAGAUUGCAAUACUCUGGAGCAGCGUGACGAAUUGACUGUGCGUAACUUUUUGAGUAGUUGUAGUCAGAAAACAUAGUCACCAGGAGGCUGUAUUUAUCGUAGCCUCAUCCAAUAUACUCUUUAGUGAGUAGUAAUAUUUGCUUCUAGAAGAACAACCAUCAUCGUGAGCGGAGUCCAAGAAUGAAACAAGGUCGCGAUUAUACAUAUAUCAAGGACAACCAAGGGUAGCGCGAUUCUAUAAUUCUUCAAAAAGAGAAGAAGGAAAGAAGGGCCGCCUGCUAAUUAAAAUUUCUUCAAUACCCCACGAAUGGGUCGUACACGACAGGCUUACUUAGUGUUGAUGAUAUAAAAUCUCUAGGAUUAUUUAGAUUGAUCGACAUGUUUCAAUUUUUCGACUUCCGUAGUACAUACAAUUUACCAGGAGUUCUUGUGUCUUCGGGGCACUUUAGUGCUGCACUUCUUGGCUGGUCGUCUCAUUCUCCAUACGAGGCACGAGAAGAGUGCCAUCAUGACAUGAUGACGCAGUGGUUACUUAUCUUAUUUUACUGUCAUCGAGUUCGAGAUUCAUUGUUAUCUUCCUUAUCUUGACGAUUCGCUCUCAUACCCAUACUAGAGGACUAUUGAUGCUUCUGCUGGUCAUUUACGUUCACCUUUGACCCUUUUAUCUAUUGGGGACGCAGAUCGGGUUUGCUCCAAGCUAACAUGGCAUCAACAUCGACACAGCUGGAGCAGCACGUUGAACAGAAGUUGUGGCGUCUUUAUUGAAUAAGGUGCCUGCCACCUCGUCAUGCGAAGAUGGAUCAACCAUGCCUGCAUUUUUGUCUACUGCUCUCCGUGCUCUGUGCGCUGUAGUACUAGCAUAUUAUAUAUCAUAGAUAAUCGUGGUACUUAUUUAUAUUAGAGAGCAGGUAAAAAUUGCGGAGGUCGAGUUUGAUGCAUGGAGUGUCUCUGGUUUGCUGGCAGCAGGCAUGCCCGAUUAGAUUUCCUCUGAAUAUCAUGAAGAUUUUGUUUUCACCACCGGCGUGUAGUUUUUUUGUGCUUUACAAAUCGUGCUGACGUAGGAGAAGAUGGCUACCAACGCCAACAGGUGAAGGUGAAUAUGCAUAACGGAAUAUAUAUUACCUCAGAAAACUGUAUGCAGGCGGUUUUCCGGAAGGCUCGACUUCCCUAAGUAACGCUUGAUAACGAUUUUUUCAGACGGACCAAGUAGAUAUUUGAUUCACAUGAAGGACUAGAAAUCUGAUCCAUCCAACGACUCUAGAACUCGUGGUGCUCGAGCUCGACGAGUCUGAUGUGUCGCAUGCAUUCACACAACAGCGGGCGCCACACAACAAUUAGAACGAAGAGCUGCAAACAGAUCAAAUGUGAAAUCAUUUUUUAUGCUGCUACGAGGAGGGAGUGCCAUCAUCACCAUCCAAAAAAAAGGAAAUGCCCUCAUCGUGAUCCAAA